AUGCCCGGCACAGAUCCUAAUGAUAAACCACUCGUGUCUGGUAGCGGCGUAAACGUCUCGAUCAACUUGGCCGAGCCAGCACUAUUCUUGCAGGGCUUCGAACAGAACGACAUGGCUAGCGGCAACACGGCUAUGCUAAGAGGAACACUCCAUCUGCGUGUAACGAAAGCCGCCAAAAUCAAGGCAGUCACUCUCAAGUUCAAGGGCAGAGCAACCACGAAAUGGCCCGAAGGUGAUUUGCUGCUCUCCAUUUGGUUCCGAGAUGUUGACAAUAUCAUGAGCCACACCUGGCCAUUCUUUAAUGCUCAAUUCCCCACAGCAGAGGCAGGACCUUGCGCAGAUCACGUAGAACUCUUCAAGUCCGGCGCUUCCUCGACAACCUCAUCUUUUGGUAUGGGAAAGUCGCCAAACAUCUCGACAACCAAUCUUACCACAAAAGACCAACGAAGGCUGUCAUUACAGGUCAAUCAGUCGCGCAGUUUUGGCAAAGGUGAAUCUUCUACUGGUGGUCCUUCAGUAGCACAGAAAGGCUACCGUACCUUCAACCCAGGAGACUACGUAUACAACUUCGAGCUCCCCCUUGACAGCAGACUGCCCGAGACAAUCGAUGUGGAUCUAGGCUCGGUCAAGUACGAGCUUGAGGCUGUCAUCGAACGCGCCGGAGCUUUCAGAGCCAACCUUGUCGGAGUUCGCGAAGUGCAAUUGAUCAGAGCCCCAGCAGAGGGAUCCCUCGAACAGGUCGAACCCAUUGCCAUCAGCAGAAAUUGGGAAGACCAGCUCCACUACGACAUUGUCAUUUCCGGAAAAUCGUUUCCUCUUGGAUCUCAGGUCCCUAUUGCGUUCAAGCUAACUCCGCUGGCCAAGGUGCAAUGCCACCGAAUCAAAGUACUCGUGACCGAGAACAUCGAGUAUUUCUGCAGUAAUAAGCGGGUCCACCGCAUGGAGCCUACAAGGAAGGUCCAGCUGUUCGAGAAGCGAGCAGACACACCACCCACCAGCACCUUCCCCGGUAGUUCGAUGCGUGUAACCUCAGGAGGUGGUGUACCGUAUGACCAACGCGCGCGUGCCGCAGCUGGUGAGACUGUGCAGACCUCGGACCCGACAAAUCUUCUCGGCAAUCUGGAAGGCAAGCGUAGACACUUCGAAAUCUCCAUCGACUCGCCCUUCCACAUUCUCUCAUGUCGCGCGACACAAGCAAACACAUCUUUGCCCGCCUACACCAGCCCAGAGUCUGCUUCCAAUGGAAGCACAUUGUACGAAUGCGGCUGUCCCAACGCACUUCGCCGUCGCAACUCUCCCACUUCAUACGUCCCCACACUCAAUGCACUAAACGGCAUGAGAGAAACAACCAUACCACCCACAAUCACCGCGCCCAGUCUGGCUCGCCCACAAGCCGCACACUUGACUGGUGCAGCACCCCACAACCAACUCGAUCGUCCCAUCCACUUGUUGCGUGCUCCCUCAUUCAACCCGCCAGCUUUCGAAGACGAGGAGCCCCCACCGCCACUCAUCACUCCUCCCCCACAAUACGACAGUAUUGCGAGUCCGACUUCGGGAUUGGCCGACUACUUUGCACGCUUGUCAGAUGCCUAUGACGACGACGAAGACAGCGAUGAUGCCAGCAGCAGUCGUGGCCGUGUCGAUGUUCCACUGACACCUGGCGCAAGAGUCAACAGAAGUAUGGACGUUUCCAGAAGUUGGGUACCCCUCGGUGCUCAACUACAUGGUUAA